AAAGAAUUUUGUUCUUCACUUUUAUAUAUUUAAUUGAAUUAUCCAAGAUAAUUUUUCUUGUUUUCUGUUUUCGUUUCUCGAAUAUAAUAUUAUUUUUGUUAUAAAGAAAACCAGUCAUAGAUAAAAGCUAUAGAUUCCGUAAAAAGGAUUAGCAAAUCACAUAAUGAUCAUUCAUUAUGAAUUCAUUUGCCUCUUUUUAUAUAUAUCAAAAUGUCAAGCAGAAAUAGUAAAUCAAUUUGUUCACCAAAAGAACCAGAGUCUACAAUCAUUUACUUAUCUUGGAGAUACACCCUACCAAAAUCAAACAUCGAAAUCGCCUAUUAUCACCACUGCACUCCGUGUUCAAAGAGAUAUUGCAAUAAAUAUCACAAUUGAUCAGCUUAUAUGGCCAUCUUUAGAAUUAAAUACAGCCUUUUUUGGUAAAGAUUAUUCUGUACAACGAUUAUCUAAAGUUAACAAUGUACUUCAAAUGGGAUACAACCGGCUAGUAUUAGAUAUUUAUUGGGAACCUACUCAACAGGAAUGGCAAUUAUGUCCUUUUAGUCUAAAGGAUAUCAAUACCACAAUUGUAGAUGUAUUCUUACCGAAUAAUUAUGUAUGUUCUUCUAAAUAUAAGUUUAGAAACUUUUUAGAAUCGAUCAACAACUAUCUUAUCUCUACAGAAGUUGUAACAAACUCCAAAAAAACUAAUUUACUCUUUCUUAUUCUCAAUCUACAUGACCUUGGCACUACAACAAUAAACGUUAAUAAUACUGCUGAAUCUUCUACUAGCGUCGAAAUGAGUGACUCUAACUUGGGUCAAAUUAUUCAGAAUUCUAUUUCAUCUUAUACUUCUUCCUCCUCCUCUAAAUCCCCUAGAAUCUAUACACCUUUAAACUUAUCCAAUUAUCAUGCUAAUUUAUAUGCCUCAUUUAAUCGAGAUAAUCCUCCAUCUUAUUCACAACAAUUCAGUAAUAUUAGUAACAUUUGGCCCGAAUGGCUUUAUUUGAUUGAGCAAAAGGUUCAGCUAUUAGUAGGAUUUGGUACUAUAUCACCUGGUCCGACUUCUUUUCGUAUUACUUCAAUGGAUUAUGACACUAUUUUUGAUGCUCAAGCCAUAAAUGGAUUUAUGAAUACGACAAUUGAAACGCAAUGUCCUAGUAAUACAUCAUGGGCUUUUAUUAACGAUCAUAAAAUACCGUUUACAUAUACAUCUGCUCUUAAUGUUACUCAGUGUAACUAUUCACCUUAUUUUACUCAUUCCAAUUAUUCAGAUAACCAUUCUCUUUAUUCAACAUAUGAUAACAGUUCUCAUUUGGCUGAUAAUAUUCUUUCAACUAUUUGGUCCUGGGAUGUGAAUGAGCCGAGGGAUAUUCCACAUUUACGUUGUGCUGCAAUGUCAAAAGAGAACGGGCGUUGGAAAGCCACAAAUUGUGUAGAUCAAUAUAGAGUAGCUUGUCGUAAAUUACGUGAGCUUGAUACAUGGAUUUUAACCCAACAUACAUAUAAUUAUGAACGAUCACUUACUGCCUGUCCUGAAGAUUAUGUCUUUGACGUACCUCGUAUACCUCGUCAAAAUACCAUUCUAAAGCGAAUUAUUGAUUAUUCAAAUAUAACAGAAGAUAGAGUAUGGAUCAAUUUAAAUUUGCCUUAUAAUAUAGAUAAUUGUUGGGUCGUUGGUAGAUAUGGUACUUGUUGGUGGUUUAAUGAUAAUGCUCAAGAAUUCAUUGGCCUCAUCAGAACUUCCAUCAUAGGAGGUGUUAUUAUUUUAAUUUUUGUAAGUAUCUUUGCUUGGAUAAAAUGCGCUAGAAUGUGGAGAAAUAGAAAUUCAAGAUCACGUAAAGCAAUGGUAAAGGCUAUGCUUGCAAAGAGAGAAUAUGUUACAGUUCCUGUAAGUUGGUUUAGUUAGCUUUAUUUUAUUUUAUUUUUUUUAUCAUUAUUAUUACAUAUAGCUUAUAUGAUGAUACUAGGCAUAAUUAUGUACUAUAUAAAUAGAACUUUAGACUAGAAAAAAAAAAGAAAAAUUACAAUACUAUUACACUAAUUAACAACUAUUACAAGACUUUACGAUCGAUUUUUUUUUCUUUUAAUAAUAUUCAAUAUUGUAUAUAUAAG